CGAGUCGGGCCUUCGCCGCGGUCACACACUCCCGGCCUUCGCGCGAUCAGCUGUUUGUGCCUGUCGAGUGACUGACUCUGAGCGGAUCUGGUAUAAGCCGCGCUGCGGUGUGAUGGAGCUGCUAUGUGGCGAGCGGGUGAGCCCGGUGUCGGCGGGCGCGGCGGCGGCGGCGGGGCGCGCGGGGCCGGACCCCGUGCUGCUGCGGCGCCGCGUGCUGGACAACCUGCUCCGCACGGAGGAGCGCUACGCCGUCUCCGCCAACUACUUCGGCUCGGUGCAGCACGAGCUGACGCCGCACAUGCGCCGCCUGGUCGCCGAGUGGAUGCUAGAGGUAUGUGAAGACCAGAACAGCCAAGAGGAGGUGUUUCCGCUGGCCAUGUCGUACCUGGACCGGUUCCUGAGCGUCUGCGCGGUGUCCAAGACCCAGCUGCAGCUGCUGGGGACCGCCUGCCUGCUGCUCGCCUCCAAGCUCCGGGAGCCGGGCGCCGCGGGGCUCCCUGCGGACCUGCUGGUCUUCUACACGGCCAAUAGCAUCACGCUCAACGAUCUAUAUAGUUGGGAGCUGCUGGUGCUGUCGAAGCUGAAGUGGGACGUGGCGGGCGUGACGGCGCACGACUUCCUGCCGCUGCUGCUGACGCGGCUGCCGCUGGGCGCGCUGGUCGACCAGGACAUGGUCACGCGCCACGCCCAGACCUUCAUCUCCCUUGCUGCCCGAGACUACGGGUUCACGCUAUACUCCCCGAGCACGCUGGCGGCGGGCUGCGUGGCGGCGGCGCUGCGGGGGCUGGGGCUCGACGGGCACCUGCCGCGGCUGACCGAGCUCACGCGAGUGGACGCCGACUGCCUGCACACCUGCCUCGACCAGGUCGAGCUCAUGGUGCAGGCCACCAUCGCCGCCGCCGCCCUAAACGAGCAGCGCCCGCCCUGGACCCCGCCCCAGGACAAGCCGCCCGCUAGCGCCGCCACGCCCACCGACGUGCGCGACGUACACUUCUAGUAGUCCGACUACUACGACUGAUACCAAGACUGACAUGUGUUUAGUUAAGGGUGCUUCUAGUCUGCUACAGACGUGGACUCCUGGCGCUGCGGCGUGGCCGAGAAAUUACAAUCUACCUCUUUGUUGUAAGACAGACGCUUCCACCGCGCGGAUAUCAGCACUCCGGGACCAGCAGUUGUUGCAACAUGUUCCGACAUUCGAAUGAACUGAUAUUCUGCUACAUAUUUGUGAUGUUUACUUGUAGUUAAAUACGUUGUUAGGUGUAGUUUAGGGCUAGGUUUGACAUGAAAAUGUGAUUGAAAUUAUGAAUAGACUUGCAACAGAUGGUUGACAAGGUUCGUCUCUAAAUAUUUUUUUAGGAUAUAAAUACAAAAUAUACGUAAGUAAGUAUAUAUAUUUUUCUAAAAUGCACAGUUUUAUAAAAUGUGUAGAGUUGAUUCAAAGAAUUGAACUAUGCGAGCUUCCAUUAUAUAAAUAUGAUUAUUAUAUAUUAUAGCAACAGAGUAAAUACAUUUAGUUUGAAAGUUUAUAAGCAUAGUUUAAAAUUAAGUUCGUAUCCAACAUUAUCGGGGGAAGGCAAUAAAAUACGCUUUUUAAAUUGUAAAAACUAAUAUUAUGUACGUACCUACGUUCUCUCCUAUAUAUCUCCCUUUUCACGAAACCAAUUAAAUAUCUUUAUGACACUAAUAGCAAAUUAUAUGACACUAUAGUGUAUAUUAUGUAUGUAACUAGCUUUAGUUAGAGACGCGAGAUGCUUGUGAGAAAUGGUGGGCUGUAUUUAUUGUUCUAGUACAUACAACUAUUGGUUCCUUAUUGAUAAAACUGGUGAUUCUAGAUAUUGAAUAGCCUAGGUCUAGAUAGUGUGAAGAUUUACUUCAUGUCGUAGUCACUUCCAGUCAUAAUAUGUAAUUUUGUUAAAUAUAGUUGUUAAUAUCGCACUAGCUAGAUAAGAAGAAAAUUGUGGAAAAACAAAAAAUAAUCUGUACUUUAGGUUUUAGUCGAUUAUCGUUCCUAUGACUUACACCACAGGAUUUAAAAUAGAAUAAAGAAGCAUGAUCCACCGUUUACACUGUACUUAACUUAUGUUUCAUUACCAAAAAUUUGUCACUUGUACGAGUGAAAAUAUUUAAAUAUUGUGAUAUUUUAAAACCAUUACAUUCAUAGCUGUUAUAUGGUUCUCCAAACUCUCCUAGAGUGCAAGUCUAGCUCAGGCGAUGCACAUCCUACAAUAGAUAUAUACCUAUGUCUGAGAUAUAAAUAACAAAGUCUAAAUAUCUUCCAUUAUUGUAUAGAGAUAGCAGUUGUACUAUUGAGUACACAAAGUUGAUCUGGGAUAGAUCUAGGUAUGCUUAUGUGGCAGAUAGGUGGUAGCACAUAGCUACGCUAUGCAGGGUGACAAAGAUAUUUUCAUUUUCACCCUGCAUAGAUAUAUUAUUAAUGUGUUUGUAAAUAAAAAUACGUGUAAUAACUAGGAAUAUGCUAAAAGCAUACCGUGCCAUAAGUAAUUUUUAAAAGUAUUUAAAAUGUAAAAGGGAUUUAUCACUACAAACAGUUUCUAUUAUCUAUGCAAGUCACCAUUUAUUUUUGUAAUAAAACAGAUAUAAAAUUUGCUUAUACUUAAGUAUUAUACUGCAAAAACUAUCAUUAGGUAAUCAUUACCUAUAAAUCAUACAAAUUACAUUUGUAUUUACUUAUAUAAGUUUUAUGUAAAUUAUGUGGGAAAAUAUACGCAUUACAAGGUUAGUCUGUAUUGAUAUUGAAUGCUUUUGGCUUGUGGACUGGCAUUUUCAAAAUAGAUUAAGAAAUAAAGUUGUUUAUAAGGAAUCAGAGCUUUGAUUACCCCUUCAGAAUGUUAUUACUUAGUUAGACUGAAUAAAUAUCUUGGGUCAUUGUUUAUUAAUAAUGUUGGGUUCUGAUCGGGUAAAUAAUAAAAUGUACAGUCAGAAUAAAAAAAGUUUAGCUAGUUCAUAUUUUUUAUUUCGACUGUAUGUUAUAUUGCAAAAACAAUGACUAAAGAAAAAGAUAUUUGAUUUCGUGUGAUUCUAAUUGUAAGACUUGUAGGUUAUUGAAUUAUGUGCGUCCGCAACAGGUACCACUUAGGUGUAAAUAUUUUCCAAUUUCCAAAAUAAAUAUAAGUAUGAAAAAGUA